AUGGCUCCAACGUUACGGAGCAACGGCUCUGUGUCGACGACGGCCGGAGACGACGACAGCAGUCUUCGAAACGACAGCUCCGAUUCGACGGGAUCGACGUCAAUUAAUCAAGCAGCUGCACAGCCGGAUCCACUGAACCAGCUACUAGAGUUGCUGCGCUUACAAGAGGCAAGUCGAGACGCAAUGCUGCGGGAGCUUCUUCAAUCCAGAUCUCCAAGGGAUGAGGGUCCAAUUCCCAGGGCUGUGUUACCGGACCUGUCCAAAGAAGUACAAGCCUUCAACGGAGACGCGGACGAGAGACAAGCAGAAGAAUGGCUCAACACCUUCGAGCAGCUAGCGACGCAAUACAGGCCCGUCAAGCUAGAUGCCGUCAGUAACUACCCCAAGCCGAGGAAUGUACAUGAAGUACGGCGCUUUUUGGGACUGACUGGAUAUUUUCGAAGAUUCGUGCCACAUUACGCUUUGAAGGCGCGGGCACUGACGGAACUGACGAAGAAGGUAAGUGAGUUCGUUUGGGGAGAUCAGCAACAAGAUGCGUUCGAGGCGCUCAGGAAGGAACUGACUAAUGCACCUGUGCUGGCCUUGUACAAUAGGAACGCCGACACCGAGCUUCACACGGACGCCAGCCACGAGGGGUUGGCAGAAGAAGCCGGACGAACGCUCCAAGCGGGAGAAGGGGAAGUAAAUGGAUUCCAGCUAAAAGAUGGUAUGUUGUACAAGAUCCACGAAGACAAAGACGGGAGGAGAUUGUUAUUUGGUCAUCCCGAAGAGGAAUCGGAAGGCGACGACAAUCAAACACCACGACUUGAUGGGGCACAGCCACGCACAAGAAACAGCCUGUACCUGGCGUCCGGCAGUUACCUCAGCAGUGUUGCAUACAGCUUCCGCAUUGGCUUCACGACAAUCAAAAGGAUUGUGUAUGAGACAUGCACGGCGCUGUGGGAAGAGCUGAUGCCAAUCUACCUUCCCAACCCGUCACCAGAUGUGUGGGCCCAGUCAGCGAAGCAGUUUGAGGAAAGAUGGUCCUUCCCAAACUGCAUUGGGGCUGUGGACGGCAAACAUAUCAUCAUUGAAGCCCCACACCGUGCAGGGUCCAUGUUUUACAACUACAAGGGCUCCCACUCCAUCGUCCUAAUGGCCGUAGCCGAUGCAAAGUACAAGUUUUUGUAUGCGGACAUCGGGGCAUAUGGGUCCCAGUCUGACGGCGGGGUUUUUAAAUCCUGCUCGUUGGGCAAAGACCUCGAAGCUGGUCGCCUCGGACUCCCAGCAGCAAGGAGGCUUCCUGGUUCGUCCUUGGAGGCCCCUUACGUUUUUGUGGGAGACGAGGCCUUUCAGCUGCGCCCUGACUUCUUGCGGCCCUUUCCAGGUGCCGACCUCGAUGACACCAAGCGUGUGUACAACAUACGGCUGUCACAUGCUAGGCGGUGUGUAGAGAAUGCUUUUGGCAUCCUCGCAUCACGGUGGCGGAUAUUCAGGCGACCCAUCAAUGUGAAGGUGGAAAACGUGGACCUUCUGGUGCAAGCCUGUGUUGUUCUGCACAACUUUCUCAGGGUUCAGGAGGAGACAGCACCAGGCAGGGAAGCGUACUGUCCACCAGGGUUCGCAGACCGCAACAUUGAUGCCAGUGAUGCCGAGGAUGGCCAGUGGAGGAACCUGCUUGCCAGGAAUCCUGCAAAUGCCCUGGAGGACCUCAGACCGACGCUUGCAAGGCGUUUCUCACGUGAGGCAGCAAGUGUGAGAAACGUUUUUGCCGACUACUUCGUGAGCGCCGAAGGUGCAGUUUCCUGGCAGUGGGCGAAGGCUGGUGUCAAGGAGCCACUCUAGGAAGGUCUGCAGAUGCAUUCACCUGCAAGAGUGUAACCCGGCACAGGUGCUGCAAAGCUCGUGGAACCUCCCUCAGCAGGGCACUCACAAGACCCCCAAAGUGUUCAUGGGCAUCUACAGCGGCUUGCAGCUCUACAGUUGAGCAAUGCAACUCGGCCGUCAGAGCCCGGAGAGCUUCAGCGAUGUUGCUGUCGUCUGUCACUCGCCUUCUCUUUCGUGGCCUGUGCGCUGCACUUGCUGAAGCAAGAGGCACGUCUUCUUCCUCCUCUUCCACCAUGCCUUCUUCACCUGUGACUAUGGAUGGCACAGAACUACCAGCCCUGGAUGGCACAGCACUGCCUGCCCUGGAUGGCCCAGCACAGAAAUAAUCAUGUUCUGCAAUGCUCAUGUCCUCAUUUGCAGCGACGUCCACCUAAGGCAUGAAAGAAGUGCAUUCAGUUUAGUGCUCUGUGACUUUUGCUGUCAACGUAUAUGGUCAUCAUGAAUAAUUCCACAAAGUUCUCAAAAGUUCUCGAAACCUUCAUUGUGUAUAAGAUUUUGAACAAAUGCUAGAACAUCUGACAUGUGCAGUAUUACGUUUCCUAGUGCUUCCACAUUUUCCACUUUCAUACAUGUAACUGGAGCCUGGAGUUUUAGGGUUUCACCGGAUUCUUCCCCGAAUUUGCACCUCGAAUUGAAGUUUGA